GGCAGGGCAGGAGGAGGGUUCAGAUGAGAGCACAGCCCCUCAGCAAGAGCCACGAGACAAGCUGACCUGCCACUGACAUACACACACUCUCAUACACACUCUCUGCUGGAAGGGAACGAAGAGAGAUCGAGUGAAGCAAAUGAAUGGAAAAGAAGAAAGAAAGGUAGAAGUACACACAAGAUGUGUCAAAUGCAUCUAAAAGAGACUUCUUGCUGAAGACUGUUCGUUGUGGGUAUUACCAACUAUCAGACAUUUUUAUAAUGCAACGUUGUACACAGAAAUAAGGCAAAGAAAAAAUACCAGAGGAAUCCCGGAAUAAUGCAAGCAGGAUCAAAAUCUUUGAUGAGGAGGUAAAAGGAAGAAGAGAAAGCAACCUCUUUUUCUCUGUUUGGAGAUUUAACUACAGCUGUUACUGUCCUUGGCAGUUCUGUGGGUCAUACAAUGAUCUACUGGAGCCUCAAAGGCAAACUGGCUGAAUAGCAUGAAGAAAAACAUGCAAUGCCUCAAGGACAAAUGGGAGAGAAGGUCAAGCAGGAAAGCCUUCAAGCAUUUUGGAGCUCUUAGAGAUUUUUAACAUUGUAUGGCUUGUAUUUGUCUUUGCUACACUGCUUGGACCUAUAAACCUGCUAGUGUGUCACCUAACUUUGAUAGAUCUCAAGUCAAUAGAAGCUGGAAAGUUGACGACUUAGCAGUGGUGAUUUGAAGGUCCGAACAUGUCCGUUGAGGUCCACUUGGAGCGCCAGAAGAAGGCCGACCGAAGAGCUGGGACGUCUGGUCCAGUGUUCGCUCCACGUGUCCCCACGGUCACACUGAUCAGCCACAGAGAGCUUAGGGUUAAACACACUGCCCACAGGCUCCAGCCUGGAAGCCUUGAUCCAAACCUGGCAACCAGCAGCCACUACAGAUGUAGUGAAGGUAGCAGAGUGCAGAAGGUUGGAACAAUGCCAGAUUCACCUGCGGAUGUGAAAACCCAGCCCAGGUCCACCCCACCCACCAUGCCUCCUCCACCCCCGGCUGUCAGCCAAGCAACCAAUCGCAAUGCUUCAUUCACCCCUACUACCAGUAAAUCAAUGCUGAAUGGGAGCAGCCACUCACCUACAUCACUGAACGGUGCUCCGUCCACUCCCAACGGCUUCAGUAAUGGGCCAGCCAUGUCCUCGACGGCCUCGCUUUCCAACCAGCAGCUCCCGCCAGCUUGCGGUGCCCGACAACUCUGCAAGUUGAAGCGCUUUCUGACCACGCUGCAGCAGUUUGGCAACGACAUAUCGCCUGAGAUUGGAGAGAGAGUGCGCAGCCUUGUGCUUGGGCUGGUGAACUCCACUCUCACCAUCGAAGAGUUUCACUCCAAACUUCAUGAGGCCACCAACUUCCCUCUGAGGCCAUUCGUCAUUCCGUUCCUGAAGGCAAACCUGCCCCUGCUGCAGAGAGAGUUGCUCCACUGUGCCAGGUUGGCCAAGCAGACUCCAGCUCAGUAUCUCGCCCAACAUGAGCAGCUUCUCCUGGACGCAAAUGCCAGUUCGCCCCUCGACUCCUCUGAGAUCAUGCUGGAGAUGAAUGAGCACGGCAAAAGAAGGACCCCUGACAGGACCAAAGACAGUUCAGAGAGAGAUGGGUUGCACCCAGAGCACCUGGCUAAGAGGCCCUGCACCAUCAGCCCCAGCCAACGAUUCAGCCCCAGCACGGGUCUUCCUGCUCACCCGCCUCCCAAUGGCCUGCCCACACACCCUCCAAAUGGACUAUCUCACCCACCCAACCCCCAAAUGGGACCCCAGCACUACCGGCUAGAAGACAUGGCCCUGGCACACCAAUACAGGGACGCUUACAGACAUAAUGAACACCGUGACGCCCGAGACAGGCACAGGCCGACAGCAGUGCAUGGAGCCCGCCAAGAGGAGGUGAUUGACCAUCGUCUUACAGAUCGAGAGUGGGCAGAGGAAUGGAAGCACCUUGAUAAUCUCUUGAACUGCAUCAUGGACAUGGUAGAGAAGACACGCCGCUCUCUGACGGUGCUGCGGCGCUGCCAGGAGGCCGACCGGGAGGAGAUGAAUCACUGGAUUCGGCGCUACAGCGACGUGGAGGAGAUGAAAAAAGGUGGGAGCAACGGACAGCACUGCCUUCCUCCUCCUCCUCCUCUUCCUCCUCCUCCUCCUCCUCACCACAACUCCUCCUCCAACACAGCUAGCAGCAGCGAGUCACUGCCCAUAGGAACUUCCUCGGCUGCUGAAAGGCAGACAGGCAGACAGACAGAGAUCCACAGAGACUUCUUACACAGGCCUCCCUCAGGAUACCUGCCAGAAGAAAUCUGGAGGAAAGCUGGUACUACAAGCAUCCCGCUCUCCCCAGCACUAAAGCACCUCCAAAACAGGCAGGAGGAAGCAGUGAAUGAGGUUAAGCGACAGGCAAUGUCAGAGCUGCAGAAGGCAGUGUCGGACGCUGAGAGGAAGGCUCAUGAGAUGAUUUCGGCUGAACGGUCUAAAAUGGAGAGGGCACUGGCCGAAGCCAAGAGGCAAGCCUCUGAGGAUGCGCUAACAGUCAUCAACCAGCAGGAGGAUUCCAGUGAAAGCUGCUGGAACUGCGGGAGGAAAGCAAGUGAGACGUGCAGCGGCUGCAACACGGCUCGCUACUGCGGCUCCUUCUGCCAACACAAAGACUGGGAGAAGCACCACCAUGUCUGUGGUCAAGGCCUGCAGGGGCUGCCAGGGGGCAGCAGUGUCCCUCUAGGCACCCCCUCCUCCUCCACCUCCUCCAGUGCGCCCCCCACCCACUCGGAAAGCACUCCUCCAGGACCUUUGUCCCUGGCAGGCCAGAGCAGUAUUGCGGGAGGGGCUGGUAGUGGCAGUGGAAGUGUCUCUGCCAGCCCCAAGGAGAGCAGUUCCAGCAGUGCCUCGCGCUCCACAACUCCAGCUACCCCUGCCCUACUGGAUGCCACCUCUCGCUGACGUCUGACCCCUUGUCCCUUCCCUGCAUACUGAUGCGACAGUGCCCACACUCCACACAAAACCAAACUGAGGAAUCUUCAUCGCACACUGCUCCCUUUCCUCCUCCCGUACUUCAAUCCUUAUUUCCCUCUUAUCCUGAGCUCUUCUGAAAAUCUUCUCACUACCUGAUGAUAGACUUGUUUUCUGGACAUGCCCCCCCCUAAAAAAAAACAAAAAAUACUUUUUUCUGUCUUUGUCUCUUUCACAAACACAGCCACAAAUACAAAGAUUCCAGCCUGGGGUUCAGUGUAGUGGCAGGCAUAAAAAGUGUCUCCUAUCUCCAUGUUCAGUCACAGAAACAUAUCAGAUGUGUUUGCUGAAAACAUGAGCUUUGACUUGAAGAUGUGACUAAGAUGUGCCCUCAGUAAUGUAAGCACGUUAAAAUACUGUCCACAUAAGGACACAAGACAAGGGCUGGUGGUAAGGCAACAUUGAUGGGGGAUGACUAGGACGAUUAGCACUUGGAUAGGAUUUCCCUUUAAUUUAGCACCAAUGAGAGAACAGUACCCAGCUCUGAGAUGUGCACUACCAGUCCAAACAGUUCACUGAUGUGGCACUUAUUCUACAGUGUUCUAAUGGAGACAGGAAAGGGACAUAAUACCAUUUUUCAAAUGGAUGAGGGAAGGGGAUGCGAUUAAUUCCUCAGAAACACAGCUUAGUAUUUAUUAAAUGUUUCUUUCUGGCUUUAAGGGAAAAUAAAGAAAAGUCCAAAUAUUCUAAAUAAAGAAUAAUAGUGAUGAUGAUGAUGCUGAUGAUGAUGAUAACGAUAAUGAUAUGAAAAUAAAUUAAUUUUAAACUGCUAACUACCUUGCUAGCGAGCCAAGAAAAUCUACACCGGACUCACCUCUCUGCACCAUUGUGAACCCAAAUGAAUUCAAAGAUGAAAAAUAACAUGAUCCAAACCUUUGUAUUACACUGCCAAAGUGAGUAAGUAAGCGAUAAGGAGAAGCACUCAUCUUAUAACCAAACGCAAAGCAACAUCACCUCCUCAGCAGAUAAGCCAGCCCUGAGAGGACCAGGCUGCAGAGAAGCUGCAGAACGGGACCCAGAGAUAGUCAGACAUUAAAACAAAACUGUGACCUGCUUUGAUCUGCAGCUGCCUCCUGCAGUCUGGACAAAACUACAGCGAUUCCUCAGUGAUGGCCCAGACUAGUGAAUAUGGACAAUGCUGUGAACUUGCCUACAAGAAAGACUUAAUGAAAUGGAUGGAAACCCUGCCACAGUGUGAUUUUUCGUGAACGGUAACAGAGAGGAUAGACAGAAAAAAAACGAGGAAAGGAAAAGCUACACAGCCUCAAAGGAGAUGAAGAUACAUACAUGGCAAUGGAGCUGCCAAAAACCUCAAAACAAGCUUGAAAACAUUGUCCAGGAAGGCAUUGCAUACUACAAAGACGUAUGGAAAGAUUGUUUGUAAGUCCUUUUUUUAAAGCUCGAGGAGAUAUUUCAAGGAAUUGCUGUUACCUUUACAUUCACUCCCUCCUUUUUCCAAAGCAUGAUAAACAGAUGAAAGAGCCUAGUGAAGGGCGGUGUAGACUUGGUUCUCCUCUCUCUUUCUACCUCCCCUCACCCCACACCUCCCUUCUACGCUCUUCCCCAACUACUUGACUCAAGUCUGCCCCCAGCCCCAGUCUGCUUUGGACAGAGCCUCAGAGCAGUCACGUGGGAAGGGUUCGAACCUGCUUGUAGAUAUUGUUCCUCUUUUCAAUUUCAAUAAUGUCUCUUGUCGCUGAUGUCCAUAUGUGCUGCCCUUGUGUAUAUCCAGAAAGAUGGACUUUGUUUUGGUUUUGUUACCUUUCAUUUUUCCUCCUUUAAGUUUGGGCUGAGCAGUGAAGUCAGAGCAAGGACACUCAUUUGUGAGAGGUAGCCCCACAUUUUACUUAUUGUUUGAUUUGUUGUAUCUAUAUUAAUGAGAUGAAACCCCUCUUGUAGAAUAUUUUGUAUUGCUCGCAUUGUAAGACAGUGAGAGGACGGAGGUGCAAUAUGAAGAGAAUUCAGCUACUGAAUGGAACCUCAGCAACUGCCCAUAGGGUGUCAUAUAAUAUAGAUACAUAUAAAUAUAUUUAAAGUAACAUCGGUAACUUAAUGUGAAUGUACAUAGUAUUUAAAGAGGUCCAAAAAUGUGUUUGCCAAAUAACAGAAACCUUUAAAGUUUAAUGUCCAGAAUAUGAUUUUCUCACAGUUCAUUUGUUUCUCAAAUUUAUAAAUUUUUCCCUUUUUUCUGUCAUACUAGUUAAACACUUAAAAAUUUCACUCAAAUCCAAGUGUCAUGUGACCCUGGGUGGAGGAGAUUGUUGGUAACAAUGGCUCCCUACAGGACCACAAUGCAUGUAGCUGUAAAUGGAUGAAAACAGAUUGUGGGUGGAUGGACACUACAACACUUACAGAACAUUUUCUUAAUUAUUUUGUUUAUGUUUCACAUUAAUCUUCUUACUUUAUAUUGGGAUGACACAUUUGGGACUAAAUUAUGUAAUUUCCAUGUGUUUCAUUCACCCCAGGUCAGUUUACAUCCUGCAGGAGAGGACUCAGCAGUGUGUACUGACAAUAAAAGCCCAAAUAUAAUCAAUCAUCAAUAAUCAACAGUUUGAAAAGAAAAAAAGUGGCAGCUCAGAUUCAAAUUUAGUUCCUUCACGCAAAAUUUAGGAAUUCAAACUUGAUAUAUCAUCUCAAGUGUUCUGUUUCUUACUAUCCUUUUGGCUCAGCUGCCACUGUAGUGACCCUCUGUCUUGGUCCUCAUCAACUUGUGUGCGUGCGUGUGUAUGUGUGUGUGUGUGUGUGUGUGUGUGUGUGUGUGUGUGUGUGUCUGUGUGGUAGGAGUUUUUGUUUCCCCCAAGGUGCAGGACAAGCCAUUACUGUAGGAUUCAGUGAUAUGCCAGUGUUAAGCUACAGUAAACCUAAAACCUAAUUUUGAUACCCAAUCUUUGAAAUGUUUCUUUCUUUUUCAUUUCUUUUUUUGUUUGUUUUUGUUUCUGAGUAUUUGUAAAGAUGCAAUUUGAGCAUAAGCUAAAGAUCUGGUAUGGGUCUUUAUUUCCAGGCCAAGAAAGAAGCUUCACCUCUUUAGGGUUUAUUUUAUUUAUUCAGCCCUUCCCACAUGCUCCAGCAAUAUGAUCACCUCUAUGUAUGUUAAACAGUCCCAAGGCCUUUACUUAAAGCAACAGAGGGCCAUGCUCACAAAUUUGAUAUUGAUCAUUGUAAACCCUAUAUGGUUGGCCUCAUAAACACUUGGACCAAACUUGAAAAAAAUAAAAUAAAAUAGGUAACUCUUCUUCUUUUUGCAGUGAGUGGCAAAAACUUUGCUUUUUAUUCAACAAAAAAUAGAUAAAAUAAUUAAUUUGUUUGACUAUCUGAGACAUAUAAUUCAAAAGGGAUAAGCGACAAGAUACCCCUGCAUCUGUGUGUAGCAUUUCUGUAUGUGUGUUAUAAUUACCGUGAUAUGAUGUUGACCUCAGCCUUUUUGUUUUCUUUUUCCCAAUGUCUAAUUCCUCCACUAUUACCACAGACCACUCUUCAUAAUGCGCCCUUCACACUAGCUACCUCCUGUGACCAUACAGCUAACCACCAGGAGAGGUUGACCUGGACUUUGAAAAGCUGGGCUGAGAGCAGACAUGGAAAUGCACAUUUAAAAGCGCUAAUGUGAAUCCGUCUGAAAAAUGAUAAAAACUAAAACGUUGAAAGGAAUUGCCAUUACUCACAAUGUAGAAGAAUAUUUAUUCUCAGCAGAUGUCUCCUUUCUGAUCGUAUACCACUAACCAAACUAAUACUGCUGGAAUUAAUUAAGUACACAUACAGUCAAUCCUUACUUAACUGAACACAGAAUCAACCAUGACAUGCCAUUUGUUGUCCAAAACCAAUAAAAGCACAAACCAAAGUACUCCUGCAUUGCCAUAGUAGGCUUUGACACAAGGUGUAUUGACAGACCAGAAAUAAUAAGGUUAGAGCUCCACUACACCAGUUAACCAAAGUGUCUGAAAUGUACACAAUCAGGGCACAAGAGUGAAGAGCACACUCAGUAAACCAGCUGAGUUUUAAAUAUGUAGAGUUCUUAUUCAAGCAAUCAAAGCGCUUGUUGUCUACAUAUUGAAUAGUGCUUCUGUAAAAAUAAUGGAAGCAUCUCCUUUGGAAAAGCCUACUGAUUGCGUGUUCUUACAGUUACAAAGCAUUGCAGAGAUAAAAAUGAAUACAUGGUGGGUGUGUGUUUUUUGUAUGAAUGGUGGUGUGUGUGUUUUUGUAAAAAAAAAUGAAAAAAAAAAACCUUUUUUUUUCAUGUCUCUGUACAAACUACUUGAAACCUUCAGAGCUUUAAUGAAACAUCCCAGACAGACUAUAGUGGCAGAUCGAUUCACAAUAUGUAGCAACAGCUUUGUGCAGUAAAAUACGGUGUUUGCAUACAAUAUCCUCAUCAAAACAACAUUGUAAUGACAGUUCCAUUCAACUCUUAAGUGCUUUGCAUGUGCCUCCUUGUCUGCAAGUCAGCCCUAAGAUAAACUACACAAAGCCAAACCCAGUAGACCUAUUAUAAAUGACCAAAAUGCAACCAAAAGCUACAACUUUCUUCUUAAGAUUUCACUUUGGUUCAGGUUUUUGUGUUAUGUCCCAGCGUUAGAGAACUUCAACAUGGUCGAUUGUGCAGCAGUCCUACAAAAAUCUGAGCUGUAGAAGAAAGAGCAAAUUGUCCUUCCCUGAGAUUCUGAGAUUCAAUGUUCUGUUCAGCUGGGUGUAAGCUUCAUUAAGUCAUGAAACAAUUGAGAUAUGUGCCGAGGUGUCAUAUCCCUUUCUCUGUGAAGAUAUUAUAGAUGGCUAACGCAUAAGGGCUCUGCUGUUGUGAAUACCAUCCAAGGGUCUCUGAACACUUUACAUCAGCCACUUUUCUAUUUGUUUAAUUUUGUACAUGAUAUGGGCAAAUCGCAUGUUUAGAAAAGACAAAUAUUAGCAGGUUGGCAUUUGUCUCUCCCUACCCCAACCAGUAACUCUACCAAUGAAGUUUCAAGGCUCAUCUGAUGUGAUGGUGACACGUCCUUCCUGUGAAACAGGCACUGAUAAAUAGCUACAGCAGAAAGCUAAAGUGGCAAACAGUGGAUUCAGCACUUGUUUUCCCAAAAGCCAUGGCUCAGGAUGGUCCUGUUUUUACCUUUACAUAAAUUGAAAAAAGGUUUAUGGUUUUAUAUGUGUAGGGAAGCAUUCUAUACUGUAUUGUGCAAUACAUUAUUACAGAAAAAACAUGUUUCUGUAGGAAAGGUUGGCGCUUUGAAGAUCUUUCUCCUUUAGUUUUAUUUCCCUCUUCAAAAGGUCCUGUUGCCGUUUUUAGAUGAAGUUAACUGUGCCAGAAGAAUUAAAUUCUGAUUUGUAUUUAUUUCUUGCAUGCUUUCCUCCCUGUUGCUAAUACCGCUCUUUAACUGUUCGCUCUGUUGGAUGUGUGAAGCUGUAAAACAUUCUAAUUCAGGUUAUUGUCUGUGUUGAACAAUGUAACUGUGUAAUUAAAACAUGAAAUGAAAUAUUCA